CUGAAUGGCACAAUUCGUCAUCGAAUAUAAUUACAAAUCUUCGACGGACAAGUUGACUGACUGCGAAGGAUUUUCUUCGAUAGGGUUACGAAGAUACAUUGACCAGCAAAAAGUCAAAGAAACAAGUAGAAGUUUUCAAAGUGUAUAAAACUAAUUGUUUUUGAGCCUCCAGAAAUGAUUGUGGAAACAAAUAAACUCGCGUCACUUUUGAGUAAAAAGUUGAGACAAGGGUGGUGCUUGAGACUUGUGUGAAGUUGAAAUUUGUUCGUUGUGAGUUAUAUGACCUGAGAAAACUUCAUUAAGGCUCCUAUCGCAUUCAAAGUAUGGAAUAAAGCCAACUAUGGACCUUUGCAUAUAACCAAAUAUAGAAAAGAAGCAAGUGACGUGUGAAGUUUACUCAAAGAUAAGGACUCGACUAACAUUGCGGAAAGACUUUGUCUUGUGGAAAUGUUCAAAUUUUUGAGCCAAGUCAAAAAUAAAUAUUCUGGAAAGCAAACGUCUAUUUCCAAAAUAUCUUCUUUUGUUGUUCAAAGAUUCGAGUUGUCCUCGAUAUUUGUGAAACGGUCACUUCAAACCAACGGUUUAACCGUUCAUACUAUAUAGAAAUCAUGUCUUCUAUGGACUCUAAUUCUUAUACUUCUGAAGUAUCUAAUGAUAGUGCAUCAAGUUUAGACAGUCAGGAUACAACAAGUAACCAAGGAGUAACAAAGAAAUCAAAAAACAAAAGAAACAAAGGAAAAGGCAAAUGGAGGAAGAAAAACGACUUUAACCAUUUGAAUACUGAUACAACGAAUAAGAUUCUGUCGAGGAAGGAAUUCCAAAGUUCCUUUGAAAAAAUAGUUGACUUGCUCGAUUAUGACGGCUUAAUUUCAGAAAUAAAAGCAGAAAAUGAGACUCUCGUCACUUUUCUCUCGACACCUUCUACAGUACAAGUGUUAAUAUGUUUGGUAAUAGAAACUGUUGAGUUUCCCGCAGGUAUGGAGGUCGAUUCAAACAAGUUCAAGUACAAGUUUCCGUUUGUGAUUUCCGAAAUAUUAUCUAUGGAAUGUCUUUCUCUGGCUAGUUCUGGCGCUCUUAAUGACGAUACGCUGAGUUUGUUUUUCAACUUUUUGAGAAAACCUGACAAGGAUCUUGAACCUGCUGCAGUAAACAUUUUUGCAAAAAUUGCGUCAACAUUUUGUCAAAUCUAUGAGGAAACUAUUUUAGACUACGUUCAGAGAAACUCCUGGAUAUUAGACUCUUUGCUAGAGAAAAUUCAUUUCUAUCCACUGGCCAACUUUUUAUUGCAGCUACACCUUCCACCUCUCCCAUUUACAGAAGGAUGUGAUUCUUCCACAGAAAGUGCUCAGGAAAUGACUAUUCAUUGUUGCUAUGUGAAUGAUUAUUUUCUUUUACAUCAUCUUGCAGAAAAAUUUCUUCCUAACUCUCUAUCCCAUUUGACUGAGACUCAAAGACAGGAAACUAUCCAUAAUGCUGCUUUUGUAUUCCUUGGUCUAGCUUUAAGAACCAUUCCCUAUCGUGAAUAUAUCGCAAUUCCUCCUGAACUUGACAUUCUUUGCGAAAUUUCGCUGUUAGGAUCAUUAUUAAGCUAUGGAUUGGCAGAGGCAAAUAACAACUUAGAGUGUCUGAAUGAUAGCUGGUACUCUCCUGUACUGAUGAAUGCUUUAACUAUCAUUUAUGAGAUACUUGGAAGUCUAGUACUAGGUUCAAAGAAUGAUAGAUGGAAUGCUGAUGAUCGCUAUUCUACCGCAAUCUUGCUUCAGUUUGUUCAACAAGGAAUAUGGGAAUGUUCCAAAGACACCGAGAGACUUGUCUUCGAAAUUGAGGCAGAGAUUGUUCCCAAAUUUGGUCAACUUGCAAGUCUUCUUUCGAUGAAUAAUGACCAAGAGAAGAACAAAUUGAAACAGAAACCUCGUUUGGGAGGCCUACGAUUGAAAAUUGCCGAGUUUUUUUUAAUUUGUUUAGUGACUUGUAGUAAGGAUACGAUCAUAGAAAUUUUCAAUUUUCAAGUUCCGCAGCUUCUAUUGACCUUAUUUGUGGAAUGCGAUAUGUGCAACAUUUUGCAACAUCAAGUGGCUGCACUAUUGUCUUUUACACUCCAGAAGACGGAUGCCGAGCUCAGCAUUUGUCAGAAAUUGUGGAUUUUAGAAUGUCGCCUCUUUUCUUGGUUUAUUGAUGCUUGGGAGUUGAAUUUUAUUUCGGAACAACAACAUCAUAUAAGGAAAAGUUACAUGGGUCAUCUCAUUCCUCUAGGCAAUACUUUAGCCACGAUGUUAGAAGAAUACGAGAAUGAAUUGUUCGAAAUUAUCGACGAUGACGUUCUUUCUAGUUUCGAGAGAAUUCGUGACCAUGAUUUGCAAAUAGAAAAUGAAAUCCAAGCCACGGAAAUAGGAGGAAGUCAUCCCAUUUACUCAAAUGAGGAGAGGAAGUCCAACAAGCUUCAAGUCGAUACGCUUGGAGUGGACUUUGACCAAAUCAUGGGUGGAAUCAUUUCCUCUGAUGUUGCCACCAUUCAUAUGUUUUCGGAAUAUUUGUAUGAAGAUGACGAGAGUCCGACAGAAGAGGACAAUCAAGACGACGAAGAUAAUGAUGAUGAAAAGAUACAAAUGAGUCAAGUAGAAAAUGGCAAUGAAGAUGAAGCUUUGAAUAUUGGCAGUAUAUCUAAAAAGAUAGUAACCAAGUCACUUGGGUCAUCUCAUUCACCAGAAAGUUCUUUAUCUAGUCGUUUUGCACAAAUGUUGGCGAUGAAUGCUUCAGAUAUCGUACCCGUAUCCAACAGAAAACUUUCGUUGGAGAGGAACAACAAACCUCACAGAGAAUCUUACGAAAAACUGUCUGAACCAAAAGAAAACACAGAAAAGGAUAUUUUUGAGGAUGAUAGUUUUCUCUGGGCGGUUCAUGAUGAAGAGGAAGUCAAGGAAAGUACAGCGGAGAGAGACAACAAGUUAAUCUCAACAAAACAUAAUACAUCUUCCAAAGUUCGGGCUGACAACUCGAAAAACUUUGUGAAAAGGAGGACAUUUUUGUCCAAUCAUCAGUUAUCAAAUGGUAGUCAGUCUGCUAUGCAACAACCGAGUGUCAUUUUAAGGGACAGCCAAGGACAUGCGAUUGGAACGAUUCAUAGUUCGGCUCAUUCUAACAAGAAACAAGAAACAACGAUUCCAAUCGGAUCAUCUCAUGAAACGACAUCAUCUCAGGACAAAAAGAAACCUCAAGACGAAAAGAAUAACGACGAAACUGACGAAAAGGACAAUGCCAAGCUGAACCAACCGAUAAGAACAUCAGAAAGUCGAAUUCCUCAAUUGCUGAAUCAAGACCUUACUACCAAAGCUAUGCUUCCUCAAGGAAAAAGUUCUAUCGUUUCUAAUGCUUCAAAACUAUAUCGGCGUAAGAAGGAAACAGAUGAAGUAAAAACUGCACAAUACAAAGAACCAGCGUGGCAGAAAGAUCACAAUGAUGUGUUUUCUACAUUGGUUAGAAACUUUAUGCAGAAUUCCUUCUAUAGAAAUCAUAAUCAAAACAGCAGUUCAAGAAAGACAAACUAAAUAUGGAUCUUUUCAAGGUAUGUUUUGAGAUAUCAAUGCAUCUCCUUGUUAUAAACAAUAAAUAUGUCGAGGAGAAU